UAUUUAUAUUAUUUUAUUUUUAAUCAUGUGCAUCAUUUUUGAUAGGUUGUAGAUUUAUAGAUUAGAAUAAAUGUAUCAUCUUAUUUUUAGUGUUUAUUUGUAGUGAUUUAGAUUAAGAAUUUUAAAAUAUUUGAAAAUGUCACCAAAAUCUUCCUCUUCAUCAUCAUCUACCUCUUCAUCUUCUGAUAGCAGUUCAGAUGUAGAAGAAAAAUUGGAAAAAUUGGUUCUUAAAGAAGAAACAGAAAUAAAUAUUUUACUAUUAGGAGAGACUGGUGUGGGCAAAUCAACUUUUAUCAAUUCUUUUGCUAACUAUCUCUCUAUUAAAUAUUUUGAGGAUGCAGAAAAAAAGGGUUUAGUUAAAUUAAUCCCAGCAGUUUAUAAAAUUCGUGAUAAAGAUAAUAAGGAGCACGAAAUUAAAUUAGGUUCUCAAAAAGAUGAAAAUGAGUGUUUAAAAAUAGGCGAAAGUGCUACACAGAAUGUUAAAACUUAUGUAUUCCCCAUAUGGAAGGGUAGAGUCAAAGUACGACUUAUAGAUACACCUGGAAUGGGUGAUACCAGAGGAGUCGAACAAGACGAAAAAAACUGUGAAAAUAUAAUUAAUUACAUUAAAAAAUUGGAAAAGAUCCAUGCAGUCUGUUUCCUAUGUAAGCCUACAAAUGCCAGAAAAACUGUGUACUUUGAUUACUGCGUCUAUCAGAUAUUAUCUCAUCUUGAAAGUGAUGCAGCUAAAAACAUAUUUUUUCUUUUUACUAAUACCAGAGGAUCUAAUUAUGGUCCUGGUGACACAUUUUUAACUUUAAAGGCAAUUAUUAAAAAUGUGGAAGAUAGUACUGGAGUAAAAAUUCCAUUAGAGAAGAAUAUGUACUGUUUUGAUAAUGAAGGUUUCAAGUUCUUGGGAGCUUGUGAAAAAAAUGUACAGUUUGAUCAGUCUACUCGUACAACAUAUAGGGAAAGCUGGGUACAGUCAGCUAAAACAUGCUGGAACUUUGUUAACCAUCUACAAAAAAAUAUCGAGCCAUAUGUACCCAGCAAACUUUUAGAUGUUAAUUUUGCCAAAAGGACUUUGUUUCAGUUCUGCAAGGUGUUGGUAGAAAUUUCAGGCAUAAUGGCUGAUACCAAGCUUGUCAUGCAGAGAAUGGAUGAGAAUAAAAGCAAACAUAUGCAAACCAUUUCGGAGUUAAAAAAGGAGAUAACUAAAAUUACAGAUGUGGUUGUGCAACAAUGGUCUCAACCAAUAUUAGUUUGUACGUCUAUACCGUCUUGUGCCGAAGUUUAUAAAAUUAGUGGCGAAAAUAAAAUUCAUUACAAAAAUGUGUGUCACUAUUGUUUCGAUUUAGAUAAAAAUAAUAUUCAAUUGUUUAUCGCUGGUUCACCCGAUAUAACAAAAUGUGAAAAUAUAGAUAAUACUGACAGAAAAUGUAAAAAAUGUGGAUGCGACUUCUUACUUCAUAUGCACAUAGACUAUACUACUUCUCUUCGAGAAAAUUUACUGGUUGACGAGGAUGCAGCUCAUAACAUAGCUAUCAAAGAGUCUUUGUUAAAUGAUAGUAAAGAAAUUUCUCGUGACAUUCAAAGACAAAUUGAUCGUUCUAAAGAAGAAUAUGAUGAAAUCAAAAACCUUUGCAUGAAUUUGUCAAGAUAUUUAAAAGAACACGCAAUUGUUGUAUUCAGUCUCAGUUAUAAGAGUUAUAUUGAAUAUUUGAUAAACCAGAAGCAGAGCUCUGGUACAUCUAGCGUUACUACUUCUAUCGAUGAUUUAAGAAAACUUAAAGACGAAUAUGAAGUAGCUCAACGAGCAUUCGAGGAAUAUCUUAAAUCCCCUCUGAGCUCCACAGAAAACUUUAAUUUUGAAAUGGAAGACGAACAUUUCAAGCAUUUCUUUCAACUAUCUCAAUAUGGGAAAAAAAUAGAAAAUGAAUACUUUCAGCAGAAAAAACUAGCUUCUAUAGAUGUUAGUGUUAAAGAAUACAUUCAUGAAAAUUGUUAUGUUAAAGAACAUGAUAAAAAGAGGAAUCAUAGAACUAGCGGGAAAAAUGAUCAUUAUAAUAGGGACAGGCCUGGAGGCAGAAGUGCUCAUGCUAACAUAAAACCCUACGAUCGACAUUCAAAUUAUCAGCAUCCUCAAACUCGUGGUCAUCCACCAGGUCCUUAUAGGGAAUACCCAUCCCAACCUUUUCCUCCAAAUUAUAAUUAUACAGAUUCCAACCAUUUUCAAGGACAUCCUUCACAGUCGUAUGGACAACAUCCUUUCCAAUCUUAUCGACAUCCUCCACCAUUAUUAGGACAACAUCCUCCACCAUUAUUAGGACAACAUCCUCCACCAUUUGGUGGAUACCCACAAGAAGCAUCUGGCAAUUAUGGAUAUAAUCCCAAUUACAUGCAACCCUAUGCAGGUCACCAACAAGGUACAUACCAACAAGGUCAGCAGGAUACUAAUAGUAAUGAUUAUAUUAGAACCAACUAUAGAGACAGAAGAAAUGACGAUAAUAAAAAUAACCGUGGUGGUAAAAAAAAUGAUGGAAAUCGAACCGAAGAGGAUAACAGUGAUAGUGAUGAUAGCCAACACAGCUCCGGGAGCAAAAAGAAUGAUGAUAAUCGAAAGAAAGGUCGUAACAGAAGAAAUAAUAAUCAAAGUAAAGUUGAUAACAAAAGAAAUAAUGAUAAGCGAAGCAACUCCAGGGGCAGAAAUUAUAGUGAUCGAAACAAAGAGGACAACAGAGAUAGUGAUGAUAGCCAACACAGCUCUGUGAGUAGAAAGAAUGAUGGCAAUCAAAACAAAGAUAAUAACAGAAGAAAUGAUGAAAAUCAAAGCAUUUACACCAAAAGAAAUGCUGGUAACCGAGGCAACUACAGAGGCAGAAGAAAUUAUGGUGCUCGAAACAAAGAUGAUAACAGAGAUAGUGAUGAUAGCCAACACAGUUCUGUGAGUAGAAAUAAUGAUGGCAACAGAAGAAAUUACGAUAAUCAAAGUAAUGAUAACAAAAGAAAUGACGGUAACCGAGGCCACUUUCGACCUCACACAGGCAGAAGAAAUUAUGGUGAUAGAAACAAAAAUGAUUACAGAAGUGGUGAAAGUCGAAACAGCUCUGUAGACAGAAGAGAUGAUGUUAAUCGAAACAAAGAUGAUAACAGAGAUAGUGAUGAUAGCCAACACAGCUCUGUGAGCAAGAGUGAUGGCAACAGAAGAAAUAAUGAUAACCGAGGAAACUACCGAGGUCGGUACCGAGGCAACUACAGAGGCAGAGGAAAUUAUGGCGAUCGAAACAAAGAAAAUAAUAAAGAUAAUAAUAGCCAGAACAGCUUUGUGUUUGUAGGUAACAGGAAUGAUGGUAACCGAGGCAACUUUCGAGGCCCCUACAGAGGCAGAGGAAAUCAUGGUGAUCGAAACAAAGAGGAUAAUAAAGAUAAUGGUAGUCAAAACAGCUUUGUGUUUCUGGACAGCAAAAAUUAUGGUAACCAAGCGAACUCGCGAGGCGCCUACAGAGGCAGAAGAAAUGAUGGCGAUCAAAGCAACCCCAAUGGCAUAACCUUCGAUUCUAGUGGCAAGAAAAUUACUAGUAAUCAAAGCAACUCUGGUGGCAUAACAAAUGUUGGUAAUCAAAGCAAACUAAGUGGCAUAAGAAAUGAUGUUACUCAAAGCAGCCUUGGUGGAAUCAGAAAUAAUACGAGUCAGAGCAACCCUAGUGGCAUAACUAGCAAUCUUACUAGCAUAAGAACCGCUAGUAAUCAAAGCAAUCUUAGUGGCAUACCUAGCAAUCUUACUAGCAUAAGAACCGCUAGUAAUCAAAGCAAUCUUAGUGGCAUAAGAAAUGAUGUUAAUCGAAGCAGUUUUGGUGGAAUCAGAAAUCAUACUAUUCAAAGCAACCCUAGUGGCAUAAGAACCGCUAGUAAUCAAAGCAAUCCUAGUGGCAUAAGAAAUGAUGUUAAUCGAAGCAGCUUUGGGCGGACUCAAAGCAACCCUAGUGGCAUAACUAGCAUUCGAACCCCUAGUACUCCAAGCAACUCUGGCUCCAUCAGAAAUUAUACUAAUCAAGGCGUUCACCAAGGCUUAACAACUUAUAGUAAUUCAAGCAACACUGUAACCACAAGACAAGUUGCUAACCCAACCAAUUUCGGUAGCGUAAGAUCAAGUAACUACAGUGCCUCUACACAUUCUGGUAAUCCAACCACUUUUGCACAUAAAAAGAAAAGUGACAAUGAUUCGUGUAAUUUGAUGUGAAUAAGAGACAAAAAUAAAGUAGACAUAAGAUUCAUUAAUAAUAAGAUAUGGAUAUGAUUCGGAUUUAAUUUCUUUGUACAGCGAUUUGGUAAACCAGCAGAAAUAUAGGGUUUGCAGGGGCGAAUCCAAACCCUUUCCAUGUCGGCGGGGUAUUGGCUGUGUUCAUAGUGAGAGCCGAUUUUUUUUAUUAGGUGUCUACGUUCAACGGCGUUAAUUACUAGGGUUAUUAUGCCAAAGGGGGUUGGGGUUUGGAUCCGCCAAUGGGAUAAAGUUGGAUAUUUUAGGAAAUGGUUUAAUGAUUCUAAUGAAUUUAAAAUACCGAUGUUGGUUUAAAGAAAUUUUGCCACUUUCAGUAAUAUUGUUUAAGCCUUUAUUUUCAAAAAUAAAAUAUUGGUCAUUUUUAUUUGGGAAUGUGUUCCCCAUCAUGUAAUAUAUAAUUCGAUUUUCAUUACAAACGUUUCGUAUUCUCAGGGCCACCACAAAGUACUUUUUUUAAAUACAUGUAUUUUUUCAUCAUUUUUUUGUGCAAUUUAGCAUUGUGGGGUCAUCACUAUUCUCAGGGCCACCACAAAGUACUUUUUUUUUUAAAUACAUGUAUUUUUUUAUCAUUUUUUAAUGCAAUUUUGCUUUGUGGGGUCAUCACUAUGGUUAAAUUAUUAAACAGUUAGGGUCUAUUUAUACCCCCUUAUUAUUAGUAUUUGUAUUAUGAUUAAGCAUUAAAUUGGACUAAAUAUUUAAAAAGGGUAUUUAUAUAAGGUAUAAUUCUGCAGUCAAGAAUAUGUUGGUUACUGAAGAAAUGUGUAAGGCCAGUUGUGUUCUUAGAAUAUUUUUUUAAGAUAUUUGAGUUUUAAACGUGUUUUUAUUAAUAUUUUUACUAGUUAAUUUUAUUUUAAAAGACUAUUCAAAAAUAGGUUUAAUUAAGGACAUUUUAACGGAUUUACUUCUCAAAUUAACAGAUAAAAAGAAGCAGAAAUUUGAUACAAAUCAGACAGAAAAGAGGCCUUUGUUUCCUCGUGGUGACAUGUUAUUUGUCAACUUUAUACUCUGUAAACACUGCUGAUGCACAAAAAUUGUAUACAGCGCAUGAUUUAUACCGAAAUAUAAUCGUUUUCGAGCUUGUUGGAACAAACCUAUAAACAACAUAAUCAUAUGUGUAUUGUCAAUUAUUAUUAUCCGUUGUCUAUUAAAAACAAAGGCCAAAUACGUCAUUGAUUUAUUUGAUAAAAAAGAAGAAAUUUAAUAUUUAACUUAAAAGUUGAACUUGUCAAUUAUUAAUCAUAAUUAUUAAUGCUAAUACUAAUCAUAAAUCGAGUAUAAAUGUCCCCAUUACAUUGUGAAGGUUCAACUUAAUCCUUAAUCAUAAUAAUGAAAAUACUAAUAAUAAGGGAGUAUAAAUAGAGCCUUAACGUAUUUAUAUCUUAAGACACUUGAGUAUUGAUUUAUUAUUUUUACAAAUUUCCCUUAAACCAGCACUGGUAUUUUGAUGGUUUAUAAAAUCCAUAAAUAAACAAAAUGCAAUCCGAACCACCCUGUAUGACUGGAAAUUAUAAAUUGCAUAUAAAAAAUUGUAAAAAUUUUGGG